UGUUUUUCUCAUAAUAAAAACACUUAUACAUACAUAAAUCGUUUUAAUCUUCUUAAAAAAAUGCCGAAAAAAUCAUAAUUUAAUUGUUUUUUAAAAUCUAUAAUUAAAGAUUGAAAGAUCGAAAGUACCCAAAGGGGCUAUUCGACCCGAACACUAGCCACCCGAGGUUCGAUCACGGUGGUCGGCAUCUAUAAUCUUAGAACCGUGACACAUCUCUUUAAGGAAGUGCACGGGUCGUAAAAUCUUACUUUCUGAUCAUUCCCUGAAUCGUUUAUUCACUCCGGUCUCAACAGCAGGAAAGCUUUCGAUCAUGGAAUCUAGUGACUCCUCCGGUAAGCUCUUAAAUAAUCACCUUCAAGUUUGUGCACUGACAAAUAUUUAGGAGAAGGGGAUUCAUUUUCCGGCUAUCAGUGGAACUUGUUCUCGUUACAACAUGGUGCGCUUCGUUCCCGCACGGAGAAGUUUCUGGCAUCUGUAAAUUGGCCUGGUCUUUUGAAAUAUGCAGCAAAGAAGCGAAACUUGAAUGUCACGGAUUGCAUUUUACUCCCAGAUAUUGGUCUUGGCUACAACCAUAUGGUCCGUAUUAUUGAGUUUACUGACAAAGCUCGAUGGAUAGCGCGUGUUCGAAUGCCUCGUCUUGGAGAGUCGACUUACGACAAGGCUAUAGUGGAAAAACGAAUGAGUUGUGAGCUCAACGCAAUUUCCCUCGUACGACAAAAGUCAGGCCUACCAACUCCUGAAGUCCACGCCUUUGAUAUUACUGACGAGAGCAUUGUGAAAGCACCGUUCAUGUUGAUGGAUUGUUUGGAAGGUAAUGUUGGCAUGGAUUUGGGUAUGGAGGUACCGCAAGAGUAUAUGCAGACAUUUUUGAACGGAAUGGCAAAACUACAUGUUAGUAGGCAAUAAUAAUAAAUUUGGGAUAACCCAUUGACUUAUACCUUCUUAGGUGGAGCUGUCCGCAGUACAGUUGCCCAAGAUUGGAACAAUCCUCUCUAUCAAUGAUGACGGCACAUAUGAGCAAGGCCCCAUUCCAGGGAUAGGUGGCCCCUUUGAUACGGCAACAGAGUUCUACAAGGCUUGGGCAUCGAAUAUUAAAUUUCGUAUGUCGGAAGAAGAAUUACGAGCAGCAUCUGGUCCAUACGCUGCCGAAGUCAUCCAAGCAGUAUCAUCGUUCCCAAAUGCCAUCGGCAAAAUAGCCAGUAAACUUUCCGUUCGAGAUAACGGCCCCUUUCCCCUUUGUCACGGUGACUUUGGCCACAACAACAUUAUUGUUGACGACAAAUACAGGAUUGUUGGUUUGAUCGAUUGGGAAAUGGCUUUUGCUGGACCUUGGGAGAUAUUUGGAGACUUCCCUUUAUGCCUGUCGGUGACUCCGCCUGCUAUGGACGCACCAUUCAACUAUGACGAAAAUGGUUUGCCCAAGGAUCCUGCAUUGAUUCAAAAAUUUACCGACCAGGCUGAAUACGUUGCAGCCGUGAAAGUAGCAGAGAGUCAAAACAAUCAUGAUCACGAAUAUUCUCUUUCAGAAGCUCUGAAUGAUUCAAAGAGGCAACAGAUAGCUACUGCUAUGAGGCUCUAUGGUAAUGGAAAGGUUGGAAUUUACUCUAAGUUGAUAAAUGAAUUUCUGUGAUGGGAUAGAUGAGUUGGCCAGGGGUCUAAAGCAAGGACUUCAAAGCAUAUAUGUGUAUGUAAAAGGCGGACAUGUUAACAAGCUAGUGCCUUUGUCCCUCAUCUUAUACACAUUAUAAGAAAUUUUCAAUCCUCUU